AUGGCUUUUGUUGAAUUUGAGCCUCAUCAUGAUAUAAAAAUCCAGUCUACAAGGCAUGCUCAGCAUGACUUAAAAGACCUUGGGAUUACACAACUACCUCCCAGGAAGCCAAACACAGUUAAUCAGGAGUUAGGAUGGUUCGAAAUUGAAGAUCAGUAUCAAGUACUCAAAGUUAUUGAGCAUUUACUCAAUAGAACAAGGCAAUUAGAAAACGACGUUGUGUUUACCAAUGAUAAUUCUUUAGAUCCUCUUGCAGUUAGAACAAAGCAGCAACUCGAAAGACUUAAGCAAUUACAUGAACAAGAAGCUAGUUUAGAUGCGCAAAUUGAAAAUGCACAGAAGGAAUUAGAAUUCUUAAAACUUGAAAGAAAACAAAACCAGAAAUCAUAUGCAAAAGAGUUAUUAGAGCUCGAUAAUAAGAUUAAAUUUUAUGAAUCUGCCAGCCAUCCUAGGAGAGCCACAAAAAUUUAA